AUGCCUCGCUAUAAGCGCCGGCAGUUGAGCCUCGUUAUAGAGAAUCUCUCGGAAGAAGAAGAAAGUUCCAGUAUCGGGGAUCAGCAGCAGCAGCAGCAGCAGCAGCAGCAACAGCCGCCGCCGCCGCAGCAGCAACAGCACCAACAGCACUUUACCGGACAUGCACUCGAGGCGUUUCAUCGGGCGGCGGACGUUAAGCCAUUGGCGCAAAACCAGCGCCACCGCGCGGGCGGGUGGCUCGAAACUCUCCGCCAAGCCUCUCGCAUCCGCGCAACCGGCGCUGGGCUUGCGGGAAGCUCCGCCUCAGCGGAGGUGCCUGCCCCCGCUCCCGCUUCCGCCUCCGCAUCCGCCUCCGCUUCCGCGUCCCCCUCCGCGCCGUGCAGGUUGAAGCGGAGGGCAGCAGACGCGGGGCUGGAGUGCAGCGCGGGCUCGGCGGAGGAACCGAAGCUACUGAGGCGCGCAACCUGCCCCGCGGAGCGCGCCUACGUCGUCCCCCACCACUGGGCCUCCGCGGACCCCGCUUCCGCCGCCAACUCGCGCAACCCCGCCUCUUCCUCCCGCCCCGACCUCGCUGCUGCCCGCACAGGUGCUGGUGCUGGCGCAGGUGCAACCUGGCCCGCGGGACUCCUUGCGCUAAACGCGCUUGUCUCUCCGCGAUACGCGCCGGGCCAUUCUUCACGACCCUCUCCGCACUCCUCCGCCCCGCUUUCCCCCUAUAAGCGUCAUCCUCCACCCCCGCGUUCCCCAGUUUUUCCGCCCUCCCCUGCUCCGCUUCCCCCAUUCCGAGCGGAAUUCACGCGCGCGCCGUCGCCUGCUUCCACUCCUACCUCCUUACCCGGGAUUCCCGCCGCAUCUGGUGCUUCCCAGCGGUCACAAGCGACUCGAAGACGCUCGACCAAGUCGCCUGCCACGUCAGCGAACAAUUUUACGCCAGCGGGAUUCAAAGUCCCGUUCUCGCCACGCGUAGCUUGUGGUUCCGAGUCUGCUGACACGUGGAGUGGAGCAGGAGGAGCGGAUCUGACGAACGACGAGAGGCCACGUGGAAUGGCGACACAGGGAGAGGCAAAAUCAAAAGCUGCAGCAGCAGAACUGCCGCGUCAGGAAGUUCAGCUGCUGCGUCUGCCAGCUCAGCUUUUGCUGGCAGACUCGCGCCCUCCCCCUCCCCUGAAGGAAAGGUUGGAGGAUAAGGAAGGAGAUAAAAUGAGGAGGAGAGAGAAGAGGGGAGGAGAGGGUUUGGGGAGGGAGCGAGAGAAACAAAAAGUGGUCAUGGAGGUGAGUGCGGAGGGCGAGGUGAUAAGGGGAGUGGAGAUGAGAGAUGGAGUGGAGAUGAGAGAUGGAGUGGAGAUGAGAGAUGGAGUGGAGAUGAGAGAUGGAGUGGAGAUGAGAGAUGGAGUGGAGAUGAGAGAUGGAGUGGAGGAGUUUGAAAGAGGGGGUGGGAUAGCAGACGAGGGGAGUGAAGCGAUGGAGGUGGAGGGAGGAGGAGGAGAAGGAGUAGGAGAACUGGGAGAAGAGGAGGGAAGGGAAGAAGAACGAAAAGAAGUAGCAAGGAAGGUAGGAGGAGGAGAAACGCAAGGGGAGGACGCAGGGAGGAAAGAGGGUCAAGACGAUGGCGAUGGGAAAGGGGAUGAAGCACUUAAAGGAGGUGAAGGGGGUGAAGCUCUUAAAGGAGGUGAAGGGGGUGAAGCAGGUGGUGGUGACAAGCAGGGCGAGGAAAGUGGAUGGUUGUGGGAGGGAAGUGAUCUGAAAGGGUGCUUGCUCGACGUGAGCGGGACAUUUGAUGGUGAAACGGUUACAAGCAGUGCUGAAGAGGUUGCAGGCGGUGCUGAGGUGGUUUCAAGCGGUUCUGAGAUUGUGAUACUUUGUGCAGACAUGGAUCUGGAUGUGAUGCCUCAUGAGCUGAGUUGCGGCCUUGGGUCCCAGCAGGAUCAGCCCCGGGAAGCUCACAUGGGGCAGCAUGAGACGCAGCACAAGAAGGAGCAUGUGGGGCAGCAUGGGCAGCAGCAGCAGCAGCAGCAGCAGCAAGCGGAGGAGUGCGCGUUGGAGCAGUUGACUCGCGUUGACUCGAUGGAAGAUGACGACUUCUGGGAAAGAAUGGUUGCCAGCUACGGUACACUGGACGACCUGCCCGCUACAGCCGGGGAAGCCGCUACUACUGGAGUCAACAGUGGGAUGGCCGUGGAUGAUUGUAGGGUAGGGGUCGCAGCAGUGAAUGUUGGGACUGCCCUACUAGCUGCAACUCCCAAAUCUGUAGCAGUUGUCGAUGGUGCACAACCAGAAAGUCCCUGUCACUCGGCGGUGCAUGCAGCAGUUGCUGAUGAAGCUUCCCUGCCUGCUGCAACUUCUGAACCUCCGGUAGUUGCUGAUGGUGCAAUGCCAGAAGUUCCCCUCUACUCGGGGGUGCAAGCGGCAGCAAUGACCCCCCAACCUGCUUCCACGGAUGCUGAAGCAGCAGUUUCAUCGGGCUCUGUGGCUUGCGCUGGUGAACCCCUUCUCACCGAGCCUGUUAGGUUCGGCAGUCCGGACCCUGCUUAUCCCACCACUCCAGGCGAACUUCCUCGCCCGAUCAAUCACGCGAAACCUGUUGAUUGCCGAGCCAACAUUGUACCUUCGGCCAAGCCUGCGGGUCUCGAAUCCGAAGCUGUUGCGGCCGUCCUGCUAGCGCUGCUGGCUCGGCAGCCGAACCUCAAUUGCGUACAGCCCGAAGCAGGCAACUGUGUACUGAGCCAAGGCUCGGUGACACCACAAGGAUCUGAACGGAGCACGGUGCUUCCAGGAAGCUUCCUUCAGCAACUCGUUAAUAGCUUGAGUGCAGCAGCGCGACCUGUUGCAGAGUCACCCUCGUUAGAGUCACAGGUGCUUCAAGUGCUUCUGCUGGCAUUGGCCAGAGAAGGUGGAGGGGGCUUGUCGGGACGAACAGCAGUAGAAGCAGCGACAAGCACUCAGACAGACAGGAUGCUAUUGACAGCAAUGAACACUCAGAAUAAGAAUGCCUACCAUCAGGACUGGCAGCAGCAGCAGCCCAACUUCCUCAAGCAACAGCUUCUUCUGUUGCUCCUUCCCGUGCUGCUACAACAGCAGCAGCAGCAGCAGCAGCAGUAG